ACUAUCUUCCCUCAUAGUCUGUCUUUUGCGAUCACGUCUGCUCGGUCUCCGGUUCUAUAAGGAUGGCCGCAGCAAGCGCGACGGAACGCGCCCCUCUGCUUGGCGCUGCUAAUGUUGGCGUGACGCCUCUAGGCGCGUCUGCCGCUCCGGUUCAUCAGUCUACGAAGGACAUCAAGGCCAAACCCGGGCCUUUGGAGAUAACUAGAUCAAAUAGGUACGCUAUUCUGGCGGGAAUAUGGACAGCAACGUUCCUUUCGUCCUUAAACACAACUCUGGUUGCAACGCUUCUCUCGUCUAUUUCGUCUGAGUUUAAGAGAGCCAAUCAGGCUAGUUGGCUUGGAACAUCUUAUCUACUUGCUACUUGUACAUUCACCCCGCUUUACGGAAGACUGUGCAAUGUCAUGGGACGGCGUGGUGCCAAUCAGCUAGCUGUUGCUUCUGCUGCUAUCGGCACUCUCGCGUGUGGACUAUCUCAGAACAUGGAAACGCUGAUUGUUGCAAGAUUUUUGAGCGGCCUUGGAGGCGGUGGUAUAUUCACAACUUCACAAAUCAUUGUGAGCGACAUGUAUAGCAUACGCUCGCGUGGGCUGGCACAAGGUGUCGCAAAUAUUUUCAAUGGCCUUGGUAUGGGACUAGGUGGUCCCGUCGGUGGCUACAUAAGUGACCGGUUUGGGUGGCGUUGGGCUUUCCUUAUUCAAAUGCCUCUGUUUGCUGCGUCGUUUGUUUUGACAGGCAUCAAUCUUAAAUACGUAACUCCGGGCAAGGGAAAGAGCGCGAAAGAAGUGCUCUUACGCAUAGACUACGGUGGUACCUUCACGCUCCUCGGAUCGGUGUUUUCAUUCCUCAUCUUCCUCAGUAACAAGUUCAACGAGGACAUGCCUUGGAGCUCCCCUUCUGUUUACGCACCCUUUACCAUCUCAACGGUCAUGUUCAUCGUCUUCGUGCUUGUUGAGCUUCUCAUUGCCCCUGAACCCGUCUUGGCCCCCUUCCUGUUGCAGCAGAGGAUUCCAGUUUUGAUCGGCGUGCAGAACUUCCUCGUUGCGAAUUGCAACUUUGCAGUCAUGUAUUUCUUCCCCAUGUGGUUCGAAACAGUUGCAUUAACGAGCGCGAGUGAAGCUGGUGCACAUUUACUUCCUAACAGUAUCUCAAUGUCUUUCGGUUCACUCUUUGCUGGUUAUAUGAUGCACCGAACCGGGAAAUAUAAGAUGAUUAACUUGAUAUUCGGAUCGUUCCCGUUCAUCGCAGCCGUCGCCAUCUCGCUGCUACGUGAAGACUCAAAUUGGUUCCAAAUGUGGUUUAGCAUUAUUCCUCUGGGUUUUGGAAAUGCAGUGGUACUCCAGACGACAUUGAUUGCUCUUCUUGCGCAUAUACCUCACUCCGUGAUGGCUGUCGGUACUGGAUUUGGACAAUUGUUCCGUGGGAUAGGACAAGUUGGGGGUGUUGGCAUUGCUUCGUCGAUUUUCCAGUCGACUCUUGAUAGGGAGUUGCGCAAUCGCAUUCCUGGACCAGAUGCGGAACAUCAAAUAAGAAGGAUCAGACAUUCUUCAAAGCUCGUUGCGACUCUACCGCCAGAACUACAGCGCGCUGCGAGAGACUCAUAUGCGACUUCGCUGAGAGCAGUAUUCAUCUAUGCGGCAGUCUCAACACUGUUGGCAUAUAUCGUUCGUCUUCCGAUUCCUGAGAAAGCUCUUGAAGACCAACGUCCCGAAGUAAAGCGCAAGCCAAGUACACAUGUUGACUCGACCCCUGCUCCACCCACAAAUAUAACCGGCACGCUCAUCAUCCAAGAGCCUGAGAGGCUCGAGCUACCGAUCAACAGACUCGAAUAUGGCGACAGUGACGAGGAAGGGGAAGGGGAAGGGGAAGGGGAAGAAGGAAGAGAUGAAGAAGCAUCAGAACGCGAAGAUCAACCUCAGACUUUGACUUCCAGUCCUCGAAAGAUACUAUCUAGGCACAGGAGGUUGUCGACGUUUGAGUCGAGCGAUGGUAUACUGGACCUUGAAUCUGACGAUAUUGGAGGAUCAGCUAGGAGCUUCAGUGGUAGCUCUUUCGCCGGGACCAUUCCACGCCGCCGAAGCUUUGCUCCUUGA